GGACGGCUCUGUGACAGUGAUGCCCGGAAGGGAUGUGAGUGCGCUUCCUCUGUGCAGCCAAGACCGCUAUCGAGAGGUAUAACGGGGAUGAGCUGGCAUUGAGGAACCGUGCCGCCCUGUGAUCAUACGGGAAGGCUGAUACUGCGGAGGGAGGAUGUCUGCGAGUGCGGUCUACGUGCUGGACCUGAAGGGCAAGGUCCUCAUUUGUCGUAAUUACCGUGGAGAUGUGGACAUGUCUGAAGUAGAACACUUCAUGCCAAUCUUAAUGGAAAAGGAAGAGGAAGGGGCGCUUUCUCCAAUUUUGGCGCAUGGAGGAGUUCGCUUUAUGUGGAUUAAACACAAUAAUUUAUAUUUGGUUGCAACUUCCAAAAAAAAUGCUUGUGUGUCCUUGGUAUUCUCCUUCCUUUACAAGGUCGUUCAGGUAUUUUCUGAAUAUUUCAAAGAAUUAGAAGAAGAAAGUAUUCGGGAUAAUUUUGUCAUAAUAUACGAGUUGCUAGAUGAAUUAAUGGACUUUGGCUAUCCACAAACCACUGACAGCAAAAUUUUGCAAGAGUAUAUCACUCAAGAAGGGCACAAGCUAGAAACUGGAGCCCCUCGUCCUCCUGCCACAGUUACCAAUGCUGUGUCUUGGAGAUCGGAGGGAAUUAAAUAUAGAAAGAAUGAAGUAUUUCUGGAUGUGAUAGAGUCUGUCAACCUACUUGUAAGUGCCAAUGGUAAUGUCCUACGAAGUGAGAUAGUUGGAUCCAUUAAGAUGAGAGUAUUUCUAUCUGGAAUGCCUGAACUGCGCCUUGGGUUGAAUGACAAGGUUCUCUUUGAAAACACAGGACGUGGAAAGAGCAAGUCUGUGGAACUGGAAGAUGUCAAGUUUCACCAGUGUGUGCGCCUAUCUAGAUUUGAAAAUGACAGGACUAUAUCUUUCAUUCCUCCAGACGGGGAGUUUGAGCUCAUGUCUUAUCGACUGAACACUCAUGUGAAGCCACUGAUCUGGAUUGAAUCUGUUAUAGAAAAACAUUCCCACAGUCGAAUUGAAUACAUGAUUAAGGCCAAAAGUCAAUUUAAACGCAGAUCCACUGCCAACAAUGUGGAAAUUCACAUUCCUGUUCCAAAUGAUGCUGAUUCUCCCAAGUUCAAAACCACAGUUGGGAGUGUAAAAUGGGUGCCAGAAAAUAGCGAGAUAGUGUGGUCUAUUAAGUCUUUCCCGGGUGGAAAGGAGUAUCUAAUGAGAGCUCAUUUUGGCCUCCCAAGUGUUGAAGCUGAGGACAAAGAGGGAAAACCUCCUAUAAGUGUGAAGUUUGAGAUUCCUUAUUUUACCACCUCUGGAAUCCAGGUCCGCUACCUGAAAAUAAUAGAGAAGAGUGGAUACCAGGCAUUGCCAUGGGUGCGAUACAUCACGCAGAACGGAGACUAUCAGCUUCGAACACAGUAAAGAAGUGUCAAUCUACUGUAUGGCUCACUUAAUAUUUAGUAGAAUCCAGAAAUCUAUAUGAAGGUUCAAUUAGAUAGGUGCUCUGUGGAACAUGGAAGAAAUCUGCUGAAUUGAAUGAAGGUUAUAAGACCUUGCAUACAAGCUGCUGAACAGUUGUCCAUAUUUACAGAAAACAAAAAUGUAUUUCAUACAAUUUUAGAUGAGUUUGACUAACAUCCUGGAAAGACAUUGUCUUUGCUUCUGCAUGGUCAUUUUAUGUUCUGUAUAUUUCAAGGUGACCCACAAGCUCACUAUACAUCUGUUACACAAGCCAUCUUAUAAGCUUAUUUGCAAUGUGCCUGUAUUGAAGUGCCAUCAUCUUUAAAUGUGAUUUUGAUCUGAAGAUGAUUCCUGGCCUCUCUUAGGACAGAAAGUGUUUCAACCACCGUUUAUAACGUUGGAUUUCGGUUACAAAAAAGCUUACCUCAGUAGAGACCUUUACAAAUGCCUUGGCCCAUGAGAACCUAUUUCAGUAUUUUUUUCCUGCGCUUUUAAGAAGGAUUUAAGAAGUCUUGAUUUUGAAUAUUUUUCCAGCAUAUAGGCGAAAUAGCUUACUUUGAUUGGAUGGAUUUCUCCUAUUGACCAAGGGACCAAUACAGUUUGGUCAAUCCUGGCUAGAAUAUAAAACUAAAUUUAAUCUGUAGGACACCUUCUUCUAGUCACAUAAUGCUAUUUUUAUUUGUGCAGAUGUUAUGUUGAAUGUUUGGUCGCAUUAAAUGCAGAUUAAAUGA